GUUUUCCAUAUCAAUAUAGCACAAUGACUCCAAAAUUCACAAGAGAAAAAGAAAACCCCUUGCAAAAACAAAGGCUUCACUCCAUCACCAGUACCCCAUCAGUUUUAGAGCAUGUGAGCAGAAAAACCAAAAACUUACCAUUUCUUUAGCUCAAGCUCUAGGUUUAGUUCACUCAUCAGUGCAUUCUCAAUGGCUAAACCUAAACAUUCAAGAAAACCCACGAAGGACAUUAACCAAAACCAGCACAAGAAAACAGAAAAACCACCUUCAUGGAUAGUUGUAAGAGGCCUUUUUCCCUGCAAGGACCUGCAGACACACCAGCAGCAGCAACAAAAGCAACAGCAGCAGCAGCAGCAGCUAAAGCAAGAACAGCAACAGCAACAAAAGCAAGAACAUCAGCAGCACAAGAAGGAGAAGAAACAUCAUCAAAAUCGAGAACAAGCCUCGGAGGAAUCCAGCAAGAAAUGCAAGAAAAUUAAGUGUUCAGGUUCACUCUGCAGCAACACAAAGGUCAUGCAUAGGCCUGAAACAGCUUCCCCUGAACUCCAAAGGAAGAGGGCUUCAAUGGCCUUAACUAGUAGUAGCAAUGGUGCCUCAAGCAGAUCCAUGAAGGCUCCUUUAAGUGAAAUUAGUAAUGGGGUUCUUUCCUCUACUAAUUCUUCAUUGUCUGCAUCUUCUAAUUCUUCCUCCAUGAGCAAUGCUGGUUCUUUUAGAGGAAUGCCUUUCAGGAGAUUCUCUGGAUGCUAUGAGUGUAGAAUGGUGGUAGAUCCUGUUCUUGGAUUUACUAGAGACCCUUCUUUGAGAAGUAGCAUUUGUUCUUGCCCUGACUGUGGUGAGAUCUUUGUGAAAGCUGAAAAUCUAGAGCUUCAUCAGGCUGUUAGACAUGCAGUAUCUGAACUAGGUCCAGAAGACACAAGCAAGAACAUAGUGGAAAUCAUAUUCCAAUCAAGCUGGCUAAAGAAACAAGCCCCUGUUUGCCAAAUUGACAGAAUCCUCAAAGUCCAUAACACACAAAGAACCAUCUCCAAAUUUGAAGAGUACAGGGACUCCAUCAAAGCCAAAGCCACCAAGCUCCCAAAAAAAUACCCACGUUGCAUAGCAGAUGGCAAUGAACUGCUCAGGUUUUACUGCACUAGCUUUACCUGCUCUUUAGGCCUAAACGGCUCAAACAAUUUAUGCAAUUCAAUUCCCCAUUGUAACGUAUGUAGCAUUAUCAAGAGUGGGUUUAAAGAGUCCUCUACAGGGGUUGUUAAUGGAAAUGGGAUUCUGACCACAGCAACAAGUGGUAAAGCACAUGACGAAGCUGCAAUAUCAGAGGACAAGAGUGAUGGCAAUAGUGAAAGGAGGGCAAUGCUGGUAUGCAGGGUUAUAGCAGGCAGAGUUAAGAAGAGUAUGGAGGGUAACAUGGAGGAGUAUGACUCUGUAGCUGGUGCUGUAGGAGUUUACUCUAAUUUAGAUGAGCUGUAUGUGUUCAAUCCUAAGGCCAUUUUACCUUGCUUUGUUGUGAUCUAUAGUGGGUUUUAGUAGAUUCUAAAACUUACUAAUUUGUACUUUUGUUACUUUGCUUUGUCCAGUAAAAUCUUGAUAUUGUCUAUAA